UUGUUUUUGUAAAUUAAAACUUUAAUGAUUAAAUUAUCGUUAGCAAUAUUUUCGAUUGAUUUUGUUAGAAAUCCUAUUUUCUCUCUUUCUGAUUGAUUUUUUAAGUUGUUGUGAGUGGAUAUGAAAGUUUGUUAGAGUUGAAUAGGUAAAAAUAGUUGAAAAAAUAGAAAAAAAAAAGACUUGGCAAUUACGACUACAAAUUGUUAGGAUACGUGAAUGUCUUGUUGCCAAAACCUCCUUUGGUUUAUUCAUCACAAAGUUUUAGCUUAGUUAAUGUUACAUUACCUUAACUAAGUAUCUUCUCAUGACAAGGUCUCUUUGUACUUCGUGUGGUCUCAGGAGUAGACACUGCCAAUGCCUUCAGCAAGCUUCAAACACAGACAGUGACAGUGACAGUGACGAUGCAAGCAGUGAGGGUGCAAACAGUGACAAUGAAGAAACUGCGUUUAAACUUACACCAGCUUCCUUCUGCGUUGUAUACCUCAUGUACGCUCUCGCAUUUGCAGGCCUCUACUUCAUCUUAUCUGUGCCAAUAAACUUUUUCAUUUUAAAUCCAAGAUGCUACGUGGAUGUCUUUGCUGAGUCAUUCUCCGUUUCAAACCCUUCAAUCUCAAAUACAAGCGCUGAUUGGAACGUCGGGUUUACAACAAUGAGCCCAGGUAGUAACACUUGUAAAGUCUAUCUCCAUACAAUGAAAUCGCGUCUUAUCCGCGGAGGCAAGCUAAUCUCCGAGUCAGCCAGUCCUGAUUAUUUCGGUUUACUCGUAAGGGAAAAAAUCAACGAUGUACCGCUUCCUUAUGCUGUUUUCAAAACGGUUGCAACGCCCCGCGACGGCUUGGUUUUGGAUAUCCGAGUGGAAGUUGUAACUAGCGUUAAGAUAGACGGUGGCUCCCGUUAUGAACAUGGUUUCUUGAUCUUGACUUGCGGCAAUAUACCGGUGAAUUUCACGGCAGAUCCGGACGGAAAUGUGAAGGGAUCGUUGCUCGGAUAUAUGAGGCCGUGUGAGUAUAAAUUCCAGCAGGAGUUCCCACUCGCAUCAUUUUAGAUUUGACUUUUACGAGUCUUACGGUACUUUAGGUAUAGUGAAUUGUGUUUUAUUCGUUUAUCAAAAUAAGUUAGGAUAAUUAGAGUUUAAUCACCAAUAUCAAAGUAUUGUAUCACUUGAAAAACCAUCUAA